GAAAGCUUCGCGAAUCGAUUCAGAGAGAAUCGAUUCCACACGUUGCGGUCAUGGCUUACCGCUUCAAUGGGGUCACGCAGCGUCUGGCGGGCGCCUCUCCUCAAGCCGCCUACUGCCCACAGGGCUUGCGGGGAGCCGUACCCGCUGAAUCACCCCCCAUGGUGUUUUCCGGGUCGGUGAAGGCCGCCUCGGAAGCGAGUCAACCGGCGUUCUUGGGGAAGAACAGAGUCCCCGAGCUGCAGAAAUUCUUCCAGCGAGCAGACGGGCUGCCCGUGCACCUCAAGCGCGGCAUGGCCGACCGGCUGCUCUACCGCACCACCAUGGGGCUCACCGUGGGCGGCACCAUCUACUGCCUCAUCGCACUGCUCAUGGCGGCGCGGCCACAGAAGAACUGACGGAACCACGUGACCUCGGUAGCCUCGGCGACGACGACGACGAGGUGGUGGAGGAGGACGGGGUUGCGUGGGGGAGGAGGGAAAUUUGGGGAGGGCAAACACCUCGUCCUCUAAACCAAAAACCGUGUCGCCUCGUGGGCACGACAAGCGAAGGGCGGCGGCCCACGAAACGAACAGCUCUUCUCUUGUAGCUUCACCUGUUAGGCUCCGUGCUCUGGGCAGCCGCACGUGGUAGCCAGUUUAAAUUCUUCGUGACUAGGAGGUGGCCGGGAGGUGCGGGGUUCAGAGAGCCCAGCUGGAACCGGCGAGAUCCUCGUUCCACAUCCAGGCAGCCGCUCGUGGUUAAACUGGGUUCUGGCCGGUCAGUGAGAGCGAGGGCAGGAGGCACGCAGGACCGGUUUCUGGCAUCACUCGCCACCUAUGUGAGCCAUGACCAGGAACGUGGGUUCACAGUGCGUUGUGCGCUAAUCACUCCGCCGCCACCGCCACUAAAUUAUAACAGUGUCAUUUGUUUACCCAGGAAAAUCCUCCUACUGAGUCUGAAGAUUAAUUUUCAGGAGUCGGUUCUGCGAUAGUUGGGAUGUUUGGCAAAUUCCGUGAAUGAGAGUUUGGGUUCGUGUGCCAACCACGCAGAGAAGGGGGUAACAAUGAGUGCCACAUCGAGGCCCACAGACUCACGUAGAGACCCAUAGACUUAACAUACAGACCCACAGACUCGCAUAGACUGCGCUGCGAUUAAACCGAGUUCUCGCAUGUAGCGAGUUUACAUGGUCUCGGCCCAGUCACCAAAAACUCAGAAUCGACAUUCAUCUUGGAGGAAUCCAGUAGGCGCAGGUCAAAAACGGUCCAACAACAACGUCACAACGUUACAACUGCACACGAAAGAAACACAUUUGGCUCCGUCACUUAAUUUAGCUAAACUCCAGCUUCGAGAAUAAAUAGUUCUGUUAGACUGUCAUAGGAAGAGCGUUACUCGUUGGCAGGGUGGGUGGGAAAGUGCUGACCCCUGCUGGGCGGAUCGGAGCUCACUGAUAAGAUAUCGAAGUAGCUCUGUGGUUUCCACUUCCACGGGCCGUUCGGUCAUCACGAAGGGGGUUACACUUUUGCUCUGCGAGAGUUCCUCACGGAUUCUUCUUCGUCUCUCAUGGCGCGACGCCGAUGAGCACGAUCAUGACGACGUGGAGGACAGCCCCGGUAUGUAGCUACAAGAUAAGAGCUGUUAAAUUUGAAUUUAAAGCUUUCGUGACUGCAGGGAUUCAUACUAUUGGUUCUUUCGGUAAAGUCACGUAGAAGGGAAAUAAUAAAAUAAAUCAAUGUAUCAUUUUUAAAUUA